ACAGUGUAUGUGUCAUAUUCUGACUUGCAGGUGAAUUGAAUUUAAGUGAAGCAAGCAGAGUCAACAGCAUUAAUCUCUCUUCUAGAGCCAUCAAAGUCCACUGGGAAGACCAAAGUCAAGACAAUUGGGGAGCAGUGGGUGACCUUGGCCUUUCUAAAUUCAGGUCAUUUCCCAGUCCUCAAAUUUGUCUGAGGCAAAGACUUUCUGAAGUUUUGAUGAAAAGGAGCUUAAAGAUUUAGAGUAAUAAGUAGUAAAGACAGUCAGCUCAAGAAAAGCUUCUUUUUGAUUUUGCUUGUUGUUUGUUUUUCUGUGUGGAGAUAUGAGUGUGAUUGCAUAUGUAUCUCAGGGCAAGAGUUAUAGAGAGAGUGGGAAGAAUACUGGGGGAGAUCUCCAGGAAAAUACGAUGGGGAAUGGGAUCACGGGUGCAUGUGGAUGUGGUUUGAUUUGGCAAGGAAAAAGAAUAUCUCCUUUUCAUGCAAGAUAGAAGUCAAGAAAGAAAUAGGUGGGGAAGAUGUCUGAGUGAUGGAUGAAAAGGAGGAGAGAAGGGGAAGCUCUUAAUUAAAAACUUUAGUUUAUUCAGCAGAGAGUGAACGUGUGUGCCUUAGCCAAGAAUUUAAGUUAGACAGUGUAAAGGGAAGCUUAAGUGGGGAGGGAUGAAAAGGUUAGGAAUAGCUGUUGUGGUGAGUAUGACAGUGAAUCAAAUAAGGAUGUGUAAAAAGCAUUGCCUUUCUGCAUUAGGGGCCUAGGUGAUUAUGUAACAUAAAUUGGAAGUUGACCCAGUUAGCUUGCUUUUGUGCUUCUGGUAAUGUGAAUGGUUGGAAAGGAGGUGGAUGCUGGAAGUGGUCCAAGAUUGGCUUUUGGUGAGAGGUUCCCUGAGAUAGAAAAGAAGGCAAGGAAUUCAAGAGGACAGGAUACUAUAGUGUUGACCUGGCUCAGUAAUAAUUAACAUCUUGUAACUGGGGUUGAGAAAGGGUUGAGAAAGAUGAGUGGGAAAGUCCACCCUGUAUAUGGUAGCCAGGGAUGUAGUGUCAGAAGAAGGGAGCCAGGUCAUGACUCCUUGAGUGUUCAGAGAUGGAAAGGGUGAGAAAAAAACCUUUAAGAUGAAAGGAAAUGUGUUUGACAUUGAGAAAUCGGUUUGUAUGUAUAAAGUAGAAAGGUCAGAAUCAUUGGUCUAGGGAGAAGUCCAAGGGAAUCAGAGAAAUGCUAACUAUAAAAAAAUGGAGGCAGGUAAAUUGUCAGUGGAGGGCUCAUGGUUCCACUUGGAAAACUAGAUUGGUGUGGACAGGUGGACUGGGAGGGAAUUUUCUUCUAAUUGUUGCUUCAGAUGCUUUCUGCCUUUUUGUUCUUAUCAUUUUGCAUUUCUAGGUGAAGAGGAAUAGCCCUGGGUUUUUUUUAUCUCUUCGCUGACUCAGCAGCCUUCUUGAGGAGGAAAACGAGGGAUAUUCCUAAUUACAAAUUUGGACAGUGAGUUUCGACUGGACCUUAAAAAAGUCUUUAUUUCUCCAGAGGAAAAGAAUAUGCAUACUUUCAAUUCUUGUCUUUAGGGUACAGAUGCCAAGGCUGGUUUUUGCAAUUCUAGCACGCUGAUCUGGUUUUCACAGGUGACUCUUACAUUUGAGCUGUUCAAGUUUUUCCAAAUGAGUUCACUGACUCACUCAUCAUCAGGAAAAUGUCCAGACCAUUCCUUACAAUACAGAACUCUUUCAGGGUCAGUCCAAUUAUAAACUAGGACUCCCAGGGAUGGAAGCGGAUUGUCCUGGAGUAUAUUGGAGAUAAUCCCAAGUGAAACUUCUGUUCAAAACCCAGAUUUCAAGGCUGCAGCAUAUUCAGAACAAAUACUUUUUAUAAAAAGCAUUUUAUUCUGCAGCCCUGACUUAGAGACAACCCCCCCCCCCCAUACAUAGUCCUUUUGCUUGCUUAUAUAUUAUAAUAUAAAAUUACUUCACUACGGACCAAGUGCCCUUUCCUUUGGCAUUUACUCUAAUUAAAUGAUCCAAAGAAGCUCUUCUUUCACUUUACCUUGGGAAGAGCUUUUAUGUUAUUAUAGUGAACUACCAUAAUUACCAGCUGGGUUGGAAUAUGGCCUCUCUGUCACUGUCCUUGCUCAUUCCCCACAGGGACAACAAGGGUAGCAGAAUGGAAAGACCGUUCUCCCCACUCAAGAUGGCGCUGCCUGGUGCUGUGUCCCCUGGCCGUGGCCGCUGCCUUUCAUGAAAGGCAGCGGCUCUCGGCCGCGCUGCUUCGGCCGCUGGGCUCCGUCCUGAGCCCCGGCUUCGGCGGAGCCCGGCCGCGGAGGGCUGGCGGCUCGUGGGGAGGCUUGGGGAGCCGCCGAGCCUAUCAGAUUUCAGACACAUUCAGACAAGCCUCCUGGAAGCAUUUUGGGACACACCAUUCAAGACAGUUAUUUGAGAUUACAAAGGCUUGCCAGACGUGGCCCUUGGUAGAAAACAGAACAUGUUGGCACGGUCAUGCAGGAGGAGGACUUCACACAGAUCCGAAGGAAGGGCUAAAAGAUGUAGAUACCCAAAAAAUCCUAAAAGUAAUGCUUUCGUACGUAUGGCCGAAGGAUAGACCUGAUCUACGACUUCGGGUUGCCAUUUCUUUGGGCUUAUUAGGAAGUGCAAAGGCCAUGAAUAUAGUAGUUCCCUUCAUGUUUAAAUAUGCAGUCGACAACCUCAACCAGAUGUCAGGAGACAUAUUAAACUUGAGUGAUGCACCAAAUACAGUUGCAACCAUGGCAACAGCGGUUCUGAUUGGCUAUGGUGUGUCAAGAGCUGGAGCAGCCCUUUUUAAUGAAGUUCGAAAUGCAGUAUUUGGUAAAGUGGCUCAAAAUUCCAUCUGAAGGAUAGCCAGGAAUGUCUUUCUCCACCUGCACAACUUGGAUCUGAGUUUUCACCUGAGCAGACAGACAGGAGCUCUGUCAAAGGCUAUUGACAGAGGAACAAGGGGUAUCAGUUUUGUCCUGAGUGCUUUAGUAUUUAAUCUUCUUCCCAUCAUGUUUGAAGUGACCCUUGUCAGUGGGAUUUUGUAUUACAAAUGUGGUGCCCAGUUUGCACUUGUCACCUUGGGAACAUUGAGUGCAUACACAGCUUACACAGUUGCAGUCACACGCUGGAGAACUAAAUUUAGAAUAGAAAUGAACAAGGCAGAUAAUGAUGCAGGUAAUGCUGCCAUAGACUCACUGCUGAACUAUGAAACUGUGAAGUAUUUUAAUAAUGAAAAGUAUGAAGCACAGAGAUAUGAUGGAUUCUUGAAGUCUUAUGAGACAGCAUCACUGAAGAGCACUUCUACCCUGGCUAUGCUCAACUUUGGACAAAAUGCUAUUUUCAGUGCUGGCCUAACAACAAUAAUGGUUCUUGCCAGUCAUGGAAUUAUGGCAGGGGCCCUUACCGUUGGAGAUCUUGUAAUGGUGAAUGGGCUGCUUUUUCAGCUUUCACUGCCUCUGAACUUUCUGGGAACUGUGUACCGAGAGACUAGACAAGCACUCAUCGAUAUGAACACUCUGUUUACACUACUCAAGGUAGACACACAAAUUAAAGACAAAGAGAUGGCACUUCCCCUUCAGAUUACACCACAGACAGCUUCGGUGGCUUUUGAUAAUGUACAUUUUGAAUACAUUGCGGGUCAGAAAGUCCUGGAUGGAGUAUCAUUUGAAGUCCCUGCAGGAAAGAAAGUGGCCAUUGUAGGAGGUAGUGGGUCAGGAAAAAGCACAAUAGUGAGAUUGCUAUUUCGCUUUUUUGAGCCCCAGAAUGGUAACAUUUAUAUUGCUGGUCAGAAUAUCCAAGAUGUCAGCCUGGAGAGCCUAAGGAAAGCUGUGGGAGUGGUGCCUCAGGAUGCUGUUCUCUUCCAUAACACCAUCUAUUACAAUCUCUUGUAUGGAAACAUGAAUGCUUCAGCUGAGGAGCUUUAUGCAGUAGCAAAAUUGGCUGGAAUCCAUGAUGCUAUUCUUCGGAUGCCUCACGGAUAUAACACACAAGUUGGGGAACGAGGGCUCAAGCUUUCUGGAGGAGAAAAACAGCGAGUAGCGAUCGCCAGAGCCAUUUUGAAGAACCCUCCUAUCAUUCUCUAUGAUGAAGCUACGUCAUCAUUAGACUCAAUUACUGAAGAGAAUAUCCUCAGUGCCAUGAGGGACAUGGUGAAACAUAGAACAUCUAUUUUCAUUGCACACAGAUUAUCAACAGUGGUUGAUGCAGAUGAAAUCAUUGUCCUGGAUCAGGGGAAAGUAGCUGAGCGGGGAACCCACAAUAGUCUCCUCACGAGCCCUGGGAGCAUCUAUUCAGAAAUGUGGCAGGCCCAAAGCAGCCCUAUGUCAAAUAGUAAUAAUCCUAAGUGGGAAGUGAGAAAACAGCAGACAUCCAAAGAGGAGGAAAGGAAGAAACUCCAAGAAGAAAUUCUCAACAGUGUUAAAGGAUGUGGAAACUGUUCCUGCUAAACUCCACAAGACAUUUUAAUAAUCUAAUUAGGUAGACAACAAACAAAUUAUUGUGUACAAAAGAUCUAUACAAGAGAAAAAUGAAAUAAUCUUAGAGGGGGAAAGUCCUUUGCUUUAAUUAAAAAUGAAUGAUAGUGGCUUCUGGUGCCAAGAUGGCAAAGUGAGGAAGGAAUCCUCUGAAGCCUUCCCAAGUUCCCCUCCUAACAGCUAAAAAACUGGUGUAGAAUUGGUCUAGGAGCAGUGAAGCAGCUUACCAACCCAGCAGGAGAGAUCUGUCUCACUGUGAUGGGGGAGGGGAAAGAAAGAGGUCCAUGAAGCAAGCAGGCUCACAGCAGGGGGCUUCUUUGAGCCUGGGGCAAUCCACCAGUGAGUCCCCUAGAUAAGUGAGCAAUUUGUGCAGGGGUGUAGUGCCACAGGACAACAGCAUCCCCAUCCCCCUGCAGGAAAGCCACCAGCCAGAGGGCUUUGACCCAUUGUUGACCAGUGGUGAAGCCCCAAGACCCUGCCCCUUGGGGACUCCCAGCAGAGAAACCAUUUCCAUAGUUCACUAAUUUCUAUCAUCUUGGCAAAUGUAGCUCUUGAAUUUGUAUUUUCUUGUCAGAUAAUUACUACUUGAACCUGAAGAGAUUUGGGAAGACCAAAACUUAUGUGCAUUUGCCUAUUCAGUCUGUUUGCAUAACUAUGUCUUAGUUUAAGUACCUCAAUUAGAUAUGGAUAUUUUAAACCUAGAAUUCAUAUUGUCCGUAUUGACCUGAGGUCAAGACAGGACUCAUCAUACUCCUCCAGUUGUCAGAGGAAAGGAAGAAAUAGAUGAUGGAUUCAGUUAGGGAUCAAGGUAUUCUAUGAAUCAAAUCGAAAGAUGCAAAAUUCAAGAUUCUGACUUUUUUGAUUACAAGAUGUUAAAAAUUAAUUUGUUCUUUAAAAAGAGUCUCCUUUCCUAGUCUUAAACACUAGUAAGUGACUAUCUUAAUUUAUCCUGUGAAGUUUUGUUUUUGUUACUGUUGUUGCUUUAUGCGAUUUUAUUGAAGCCUUUGGGAUUUGUGUCUAUUCUUUCCUGAUAUGCACUCCCACCCACAACUAUCAUUUGUAAUGCAGAAUGACUUAAGCAAAACUGAACAACAUAGCAGCUGAAUCUCAUAGCCUAUAGUCCUUUCUGCAUCUGUAUAGUCCCCAUCUUGUUCUCUUCCCAGAGGAAAAAAGUGAGUUUCACCAUCUUUUCUCCCAGACUAGGAUUUUUCAUUACAAUUAAACAGAGUAUGUUCUUCAGUCA